CCCGCGGGCUCUGGGGCCCGGCAGCGCCGCUCCGAGCACCGGGGCCGGGCCCGGGGAGCCGCCCAGGGUUCCCGAGACGCCGGUUCCCUCGAUGUGUGAGAGCUUCCGAGCGGCGCGUUCGGCCUGCUGGGAGCAGGGAGCAGCAGCAGCAGCAGGAGGAGGAGGAGGAAGGAGCAGGGAAGAGCCGGGAGCAGCAGCGGAGACCCUCGGGAAUUCCAUCCGUUCUGCAUCCCAAGCCUCGCUCCAUCACCCCCCAGCUCAGCCCCGCGCCCGCAGAGCCCCAGGGGGAUUUUGUCUGGAAUUCUCUCAUUUCACUGCUGCCCAGGUGAGCUGUGCAAGGUCUGGACAACAGAAAGCAUACAGGAUGUGGUGCCAGAGGCUGGCGUGGCUGCUCCGGGGGAGCUCCGGGCGUCGGUGGCCGAGGAGCGUGGCGGCGUUGGCGCGCGGGCACCACACGGCCCCGCGGUCCCUGCGCUGUGCCUGGCAGCUGCACGGCGACCACCUCGAGCUCACGUAUGGGAACACCCUGAUGCGCUUGGAUUUCGUGUGGCUGCGGGAUCACUGCCGCUCCGCCUCCUGCUACAACGCCAAGACCAACCAGCGCAGCCUGGACACGGCCAGCGUGGACCUGGCCAUCAGACCCCAGGCCGUGCGGGUGGACGAGAGCACGCUCUUCCUCACCUGGCCGGACGGACACGUGACACGGUAUGGGCUGGAGUGGCUGGUGAAGAACAGCUACGAGGGGCAGAAGAAGCAGGUGAUGCACCCCCGGAUCCUCUGGAAUGCAGAGAUCUACCGGCAAGCCCAGGUCCCCUCCGUUGACUGCCGGAGCUUCCUGGAGACGGACGAGGGCCUGAAGGAAUUCCUGCAGAACUUCUUGCUGUACGGGAUCGCUUUUGUGGAGAACGUCGCUCCCACCAAAGAGGACACGGAAAUCUUGGCAGAAAGGAUCAGCAUCAUCAGGGAGACCAUUUAUGGCAGGAUGUGGUACUUCACCUCUGACUUCUCCCGGGGAGACACAGCCUACACCAAACUGGCCCUGGACCGGCACACGGACACCACCUACUUCCAGGAGCCCUGUGGCAUCCAGGUGUUCCACUGCCUGAAGCACGAGGGCACGGGCGGGCGGACGCUGCUGGUGGACGGUUUCCACGCGGCGGAGCAGGUGCUGCGCCGGGCCCCGGAGCACUUCGAGCUGCUCAGCAGAGUGCCCCUGAAACACGAGUACGUGGAGAACGUGGGGGGCUGCCACAACCACAUGAUCGGGGUGGGGCCCGUGCUCAACGUGUACCCCUGGAACAACGAGCUCUACCUGAUCAGGUACAACAACUACGACCGUGCCGUCAUCAACACGGUGCCGCACGACGUGGUGCGCCGCUGGUACCACGCCCACCGCGCGCUCACCACCGAGCUCAGGCGGCCAGAGAACGAGCUGUGGGUCAAGCUGAAGCCAGGCAAGGCCCUGUUUGUGGAUAACUGGCGUGUCCUGCACGGCCGGGAGGCGUUCACGGGGUACCGGCAGCUCUGCGGCUGUUACCUGACCAGGGACGACGUGCUCAACACGGCCCGGCUGCUGGGGCUGCAGGCUUAGCCCAGGCCCCGGGAGGGGCAGGCAGCCCCCAGUCCCACCUCUGGGGGGGGGCAGGCAGCCCCUAAAUCCCUCCUCCAGGAGGGACAGGCAUCCCCCCAGUCCCACUUGCGCAAAGGGCUCCCCAGUCCCACCUCCAGGAGGAACAGGCAGCCCCCCAAUCCUACUCAUGGGAGGGGCAGGCAGCCCCCCAAUCCCACUUGUGAGAAGGGCUCCCCAGUCCCACCUCCAGGAGGGGCAGGCAGCCUCCUAAUCCCUCCUCUGGGAGAGGCAGGCAGCCCCCCAGUCCUACUCAUGGGAAGGGCAGGCAGCCCCAAUCCCACCCCCGUGGUGGGACAGGAAUGCUGGUGCCCCUCCCCGUGCUCCAAGCCCGCUGUGCUGGUGCCUCCCCAUGACACAGACACUGCACAUACCUCAGACAUCUCCACCCUCUCCAGGCAGCUCCCAGUGCCUGCUCAGGAGAGGGAGCAGGUGGAAGCCAAAGGUUUUGGGAUCUUUAUGGGACUGCCUUUGAGCACAGUCAGCUCUUGCUGUCCGUGCUCCCAGCCUGGCCUUUCCAAUGUGCCUCAGCUCUGGUUAAACCCCACCUUAGGAAAUGCUCCUCCAAGCAAGUGCCUUCAGGAUUUAGAAGCUUUGCAUUAUUCCCUGUUCAGCCUUUUUUUUUCAGCUACCAAUUUUAGGAAUUUUUUUAGCAGAGCAGAGUGGAAAUCUUCAGGAUCUUCUCCUUGUCAUCCAAGCCGUGCUGCCUGGAGAGAUCCUGGGCAUUUCUGAGGAGAUUUAGGUUAGAGCAGGAAAAGGGAAGCAGCAAGAUCUGCAUGUUGGGAAGCAGAGAUGACCAAGUUAGAUGAGGGGUGGAAUUCCCACUUUUCCUUGACUUCCAGUACUGCCGUGCUGGUGUUCCCUCUGCCUGUUUGCAUUGAGGGUGACACUCAGCAGCCACAGUAUUUGCUGACAAACUUCCCACUGUGCCUUCUCUCCCGUCCUUUCCUAAGGAAUUUGUGUGAGGUUGUCAUCACGCUGCCUGCUGCACAAACCUGACCUUUUGGGAAUGUUUUUUUUUUUUCCCCCAAAUUUUCCCGUUCUGACGGUAUCAGAAGUGCCUUUCAGCUCCCAGGAGAUGGGAGGGUAAAUUGGGAUCUGGCACACUGAAAGGCCACGGGGUAAGGAACAAAAGCAAAUCCUUUUGUUACAAGAACAUUGGGAUUUCAGAACCAAGAGGGCAUUUUAGGAUUUGAUUAUUUUUCAUCCUCUUUGGGCUGUUCCCUCUGCCCUGACCAGACCUCAGAGCAGGGCUGAGCCCUUCUUGGCUGUGCUCUGUGAGCUGCUCUGUGCCCAUAGUGCAGGCACUGAACUUGCUCCCUCAUUUGAUCCAAACACUGAAUGGACAGAUCCCACUAUUUCUUCUUUAUAGGUUCUCCUUAGGUGCCAGUUCCACCUGCACAACUGAGAGGGGAAGUUUCACAACUCUCCAAUAAUCCUGUUGAAGCAGCAAACCCCAGCAGGAGCAUGUGGUGUCCCUCACCCAUCCUAGUUCCACGUUCCUGAGCUGCUUCCACCCUGUGCUUCUGCUGUUGGAAGAGUUGGUGCCCAAAGCAGUCAGUUACUUGUAAAAAGGAGGGGACAAAGGGUUCUUGAUCUGUAUUUGGAACCCUCUUUAAAUUCUUUAAGGGUUCCUGAGCUUUUUUCCUCCCUGUGCCCCUGGGAUCUGAGGGAAACACUUGGGUACCGUGGGACCUUCCCUUGGAGAGAUCAGCUUCUCCUUCCCCUGCUCAGAACUCCAUGUUUAUCAGCUGCAGGCUGGAAAUCUGUUUUUACUCCAUGGCACAAGGCAGACCCCACCAAAGGGUGCUGACCACACUGCUGUGACAGAGGUGCCUUUGUGACAAGGAAUGUGGUGACUUGGGCUGGGCUCUGCAGACACCAACCCCUUAUGAACCAGCCCCAAGCCAACCCCCUCCUCACCAGGACUCUGGAACCUAUUCUGGGGGGAAAAUUGUCCCCAGUGAAUGCAGAAGAAACACAUUUCCUCAUAUUUCAAAUCCUUUACCCACCCCCACGAUAAACAGGGAGGGGGGAGAGCUGUGUUUCCAUCUUGUUUCACCAUUCCCCGCUUCCCAAGAGGGCUAAAUUCUUCCUGGGCAGCUUGUGAGCAUCCAAAAGCCCUGUGAAGGAGCAGGACCUGGUGGCAGGUGCCACCUGUCCCAUCCAGGUGUUUGCUGGGCCGUGUCCCGGAGCGGGGCUGCCGUGACAGCGGGUCAGGGUUUGUGAUCCAGCUUUUCCCGUUCCUUCAGCCAAUCGCUGAACUGCUUUCUCCUCCUUCCCAGCACUCUGGGGAUCCAAUGGAUGUGUUUAAGACUUUUCCCAAACUAAGAAAUCGACUCUUCAAAUAAAUCAUUUAUAAAGUCA